AUGGCUACUGCCGCAAAUGCUGGGGCCCUGGGCACUCUGCUGGGCCUUCGAUCGCACCGAGUGGCUGGGAGAAUCCUGGAGCUCUGGACGCAGAGGCUGUCCAUUAAAGAGAAAAUACUUCUGAUGGACUACAACCUAGGGAGAGCCACACCAGACCCUGCUGACCCCUUCUCUGAUGUCCACCUGAGUCCCCUGGUAGGCUCUCAGUACAUUCUGCUGCUGCUGACGCUGUUCUUCGUUCCGGGCGUGGUCAUGAUCACCGCCUACGGCCUCAUCUCCAGAGAGCUGUAUCGAGGCAUCCAGUUUGAGGUCAACAACAACCCAGACACCAUAGCCCUGACGAAAAACGGCAGAACCAGUAACCAUGACGACAACGACGGCUGCUACAUCCAGGUGCACCCCAAGAAGGUGGGCCUUGCCCCAGGCUUCGCCCCCUCCCCCACCACCCCCACCCCCCCCUCCUGUACCGCCCCCUCCACCCUCAACUCCCACGCCCUCCGUCGCGAACAAGCCCGCGCCAACGCCUCCGAAUCCAAAUGGCGGGCAAAAAAGCGCGUGAUCCGCAUGCUGAUGGUCAUCGUGGCGCUCUUCUUCCUCUGCUGGAUGCCGCUGUACUCUGCCAACACCUGGAAGGCCUUCGACCUGGGCUCCGCCCACCGGGCGCUGUCUGGCGCGCCCAUCUCGUUCAUCCACCUGCUGUCGUAUUCGUCGGCGUGCGUGAACCCGCUGAUCUACUGCUUCAUGAACACGCGGUUCCGCGGCGCCUUGCUGGCCACCUGUGGGUGCUGUUGUCCCGGUUACGUGCGGAAGGCCGGGAGGCGGUCGCUAAGGCGUCGGUUCCCGGGCGGACUAGACGAGGCCACCGCUACAUCUUAG